CUCGAGCGAAUCCUCUACGCCAUCAGCUGCUCAUGUGCAGUGGCUUCUGGCGCUGCCCUUCCGCUUAUGACAAUAGUCUUCGGAUCCUCGACUUCCACGAUCAGCGGGCAGACCUCCUCCCCCGGCGACGCGCAGCGUUUUAAGCAGAAGAUUGAUCAUUUGGUGCUUUACUUUGUGUACUUAUUCGUCGCACGCUUCGUCCUUGGGUAUAUUGGGACGCUAUGUGCGUGUGUUGCGGCUGCCCGCACGACGAAUGCUUUGCGCAAGGCGUUUCUUGAGAGCUUGUUGAGGCAGGGCAUUCCGCACUUUGAUAAGCCUGGAAAUGGAUCUGUUGCGACGCAGGUCACCACCAAUGGCAACCGCAUCAACCAAGGCAUCGCCGAGAAGAUCUACACGUGCGUGAUGGGAAUCUCGCUCUUCUUCUCGGCAUAUGUCGUGGCGCUAGCCGUGCAAUGGAAGCUUGCGCUCAUCACAAUGAGCAUCAUCCCCGCCAUUUUCGGUUCUGUUGGGAUUGUCAUGCGCGCCAUCUUACCCGUGGAGACGGAAAUUACCCGACUCUACUCCCGCGGCGCAACGAUAGCUCAAGACGCUCUGGCAUCGAUCAAGACCAUUCACGCAUUCGGCGCGGAGAACAAGAUUGUCAAUCUCUACGAUGAGUACCUACGGGCAGCGCACGAGAAGGGCAAGAAAAAGUCCGUUUUUCUGGGCAUACUGUUUUCCAGCCAGAACUUCUUCACGCUGUCUGGAAUGGCUCUGGCUUUCUGGGAGGGAUUCCGUCUUUAUCAGAGUGGAGAGAUUGCGAGCGUUGGGACGGUGAUUACUGUCCUCUUGAGUGUCACACUCGGCGCGACUUCUGUCUUGUUCAUCCUCCCGCAAAUCGAAGCCAUCACCAACGCCUCAUCCGCUGCAUCAGAACUCUUCUCCAUCAUCGACAAAGAGCCAUCACGCCUCGAUCCCCUUUCUCCUGGCGGCAGCCAACCGCUGAAGUGCACAGGCAAUAUCGAACUCCGCAACCUGAGCUUCGCGUACCCAACCCGUCCCGGCGUACCAGUACUGCAAAAUUUGAAUCUAAAGAUCCCAGCCGGCCGCACAACGGCUCUCGUGGGCCCGAGUGGAUCCGGGAAAUCGACAAUCGUCGGUCUUCUAGAACGAUGGUACGAGCCCACCUCCGGCCAAAUCCUGCUCGACGGAACCGAUCUCGCGGAUCUGAAUAUCAAAUGGCUGCGCAACAAGCUUCGACUCGUGCAGCAGGAACCUACGCUCUUCCACGGUACUGUGGCGCAGAAUGUGGCCAAGGGGUUGGGUGAGGAGCAGAAGAGUUUGCCCGAGGAGAAGCGGAUGCAGUUGAUUCAGGAGGCUUGCGUGGCGGCUGAUGCUCAUGAGUUCAUCCAGAAGUUGCCUGAGGGCUAUCAUACGCAGCUCGGGGAGAGUGCGCGCAUGUUGAGUGGCGGACAACGACAAAGAAUCUCCAUCGCGCGAAGCAUCAUCUCCGAGCCGAAGAUCCUGGUCUGCGACGAGGCCACGAGCGCUUUGGAUUCACGCGCCGAAAAAGCAGUGCAAGAUGCUCUGGAUCGCGUCACGACGAACAAAACCACGCUCAUCAUCGCGCAUAAGCUCGCUACUGUAAUGGCUGCGGAUAACAUUGCUGUCAUGGCUGAUGGACAGGUCGUUGAGCAAGGUACCCACGCCGAGCUGGUGGAGCGCGAUGGGCUGUACGCGGCUAUGGUGCGCGCACAAGAUUUGGGGACGGGCGUGGAACAAGAAGAAAAGAGGGAGAAGGAAGACGAUGGACUUGGCGAAGGCAAUACACUCAGGCCUCACCACUCUACCACGCCCUCGCUCGCACGAACGCGAUCCGAGUCCAAGAUCGGAGACCUCGGAACCGGCGUCGAGCCCCUCACGCGCGGAACACUCAACUACUCCCUCUUCAAAUGCGUCUGGAUCAUGCUGAGAGAAAACAGACAGCUCUACCCCUGGUACGCGCUCAUCGGCCUCGCCUACCUAAUGCUCAGCGGCACCUACCCAGCCCAAGCCCUGCUCUUCUCCCGCCUCAUCGAAGUCUUCACCCUCGCCUCCGCGGCGGAAGCACACCGCCAAGCCGACUUCUACGCCCUGAUGCUCUUCGUCGUCGCGCUCGCCAAUCUCGCGGGCUACUUUUGCGUCGGGCUGGCGAGCAAUGCCAUCGGCCAGGCGCUGACGUACCGCUAUCGGAAAGAAAUGCUGCAGCAAAUGCUACGCAUGGACCAGCCGUUCUUCGACUUCUCCGAGAAUGCAUCCGGCUCGCUGACGGCGAAGUUGUCGUCCGCGCCCGCCGCGACGCAGGAGCUGAUGGCGCAGAAUCUCGGGCUGAUGCUGAAUGUCGCUGGCAACGUGGUGGCGAGUAGUGUGCUGGGGAUUGCGUAUGGGUGGAAGCUUGGGCUGACGCUGGUCGUCACUGGGCUUGCGCUCAUUGUUGGCAGUGGGUAUGUGCGGAUUCGGCUGGAUCAGCGGCUUGAGACUUUGACAGAGAAGCAGUUCUCUGGGAGCGCGAGGUUGGCUGCGGAGGCUGUGGCGUCUAUGCGGACGGUGAGUUUGUUGACGCUUGAGAGCGCCGUGUUGCGGGAGUACAGCGAGUGUCUGGACGGGAUUGUGACGAGAGUGGUGCGGAGCUCGGCCAUGACACUCAUACCCUACUCCUUCUCCCAAGCGGCCGACUUCCUCGUCAUGGGUCUCGGCUUCUGGUAUGGCUCGCAACUUCUGCUGAGCGGGCAGUACACGACGCAGCAAUUCUUCGUCGUCUUCAUCUCCAUCAUUUUCGGCUCGCAAGCGGCCGCACAACUCUUCACCUGGACGACGUCCAUCACCAAGGCCAAGAGUGGGACGAACUACAUGCUCUGGCUUCGCAGCCUAGAAAGUCAAAUCCGCGAGACGGACGAGAACCGCAAGCGCGGGCCAUCGGGCGAGGAUGUCUCGCUCGGAUUUCGAGACGUCGAGUUUCGCUAUCGCCAACGACCCGCCGCGCGAGUGCUCCGCGGAUUAACGUUGGACAUUCCCGCGGGCUCGUUCGCGGCAUUUGUAGGACCGUCGGGAUCAGGGAAGAGCACCAUCAUUUCACUGAUCGAACGCUUCUAUGAUCCGACAUCUGGCAGCAUCACAAUCAACGAAGACGACAUAUCCCAACUCUCUCCAAUGCUCUACCGCAGCCGGAUGUCGCUGGUACAACAAGAGCCGCCGCUCUACCUCGGCUCCGUACGGGACAACAUCGCGCUAGGCCUGGACUACGAACCAUCCGAGCAAGAAGUGGAAGAAGCAAGUCGACAAGCGAACAUCCUCGACUUCGUCGCCUCGCUUCCCGAGGGCUUCAACACGCCUGUGGGAUCGAAGGGCACGCAGUUCUCGGGUGGACAGCGGCAGCGCAUCGCGAUUGCGCGCGCCCUCAUCCGCCGACCGAGACUGCUCGUGCUCGACGAAGCGACGUCCAGCCUGGACACGCAGAGCGAGAAGACGGUGCAGCGGGCGCUGGACGAGGCGAGGGCAGCAGGGCGACGGACGACGAUUGCGGUGGCGCAUCGGCUGAGCACGAUUCGCGACGCCGAGGCGAUUUUCGUGAUUGAGGAUGGGCGGAUUGUGGAGGCUGGGGCGGGACAUGAGGAGUUGGUGGCGAGGAGGGGGAGGUAUUAUGCCAUGUGCUUGGCGCAGAGCCUUGAUCGGGGUGGAUGAUGUGGGUGGAGGGGUGGAGUGGAGAUGUCGCGUGACGGCGCUUGACUCGUAUGGGAUACGUGGGAUACCAGUAGCCACGCACGCGGUGAGGAUGGUGAUACAGCUUGCAUACUACUCUGUUCGGCAUGAUGGAAUGAGGCAGCAGUGAUCAAUGACACUUUCAAUGGCGAA